AAACACACUCACUCUCACACACAGGCAGCAAGUGAUUGGCACCAGGCUAUCCAUCAGCUUGUAUUUGGAUAUUGGGCUUUGGGAGCCACUGUUGGCUCGCCUUCUCGGUUGGAAUGGGCAACAUUUUAUCCUGUAUUACAAAGAAGGAACGCCGAUUGAGGAAACCCACGAACAAGUCGAGAGAUCAAUGGGAACAACCAACACGGGAGAUUUAUGCCAAGGUACAGAAGAAGCCAGCAACUGAGCUGAAGGAAGCCGAUCCCAUCCCAAAGGCGAAAACACAUUUAGUGCAGGAAACGAAAGAAAAUGAUAAAGAAGACAUAGAAUCAAAACUAUGCUACUACCCCAUUAAGGAGUGGGAUCAAAGCGGGGUGAAGCUGGAAGAUCUAGGGAAGAUGAUUCAUUGCUCCAAGGUUAAAAUUUGCCGUCAGCCCUGCAAGGAUAUUAAUAACAGGUGUUUGAUAUUAUUUCAAAACCUCCUGCUUAUUCUCUCUGAGGAUCCCCAUGGCUUCACAUACCAGGGUACACUCCCUUUAGCAGGGAUUACAGUAAAUGACAUGGACAACACUGAUAGCAGUUCAGAGCUGCACCAUGCAUUUCAAAUUACAGGUCCUCUGCUGCAUCCCUUUACAGUUUACUGUUCCACGGAGAAAGAGGUGAAGGAGUGGCUGUAUUAUCUCAACAAGCAAAGACAAGUGAGCAGCAAGACUGCAGAUUCCCCUCGAGCACAAACGUGCACAGGGCUUGAUCGCAACUCACUGGGGCAAUAUGCUAAAAGUGUUGAUCUGAGGACGUUAAUUCUGAACCGACCAAUUCAGGGAGGUGAAAGGACUCACAUCAACUCGCUGGGCAAUGUCAUCUGGAUAUCAGAGAACAAAUUACAGCAUUUGCCCUUUCAGGACCAACAUGACCGUCUUCUGGUUCUCUUCCCAACGACGCUACUGAUUCUGGCUGAAGAAAAUCAUGUCCUACAUUAUAAGGGAGAACUUCCACUUAAUGCCAUAACGAUAUUUGAACAGGGUGAAUCUGCCAGUGAUUCACAUGCACUGCUGAUAGAAGGUAAAAUGAUCAACCAAAUCAUAGUGUCGUCACAAAAUAGAACAGCUCACCAGAAAUUGAUACAUCACCUGAAUGCUGCAGGGGUCACAGUGCAAAGAGCUUCCAUCGUUAAUAAAGGACGCAAUUACAAACAUUCUCCACAGUGCAGAGAUCAGUUUGCAGACAAGGUCAAUCCUUCACUGGGAUCACUCCGGCAUGAUGACAGCCCGAGGUCAGUGUACGGAGUAUUCACAUUUCCCCAGAAACCAGUCGAAAUGAUUUCCAUAUCAGAAGACUUACCCACGCUGGUUACUACGAAUACAACACAUCCAAAGAACCCUCCUGAUUAUGCUGAGCCUUACACACCUCCUCCAAUGAGACUCUCCGCACCAGCUGAACCUUUCACGCUUAAUUCAUCUGCACACAAGCACAGCUCUUCGCCCCUGCCAAUCCGCAGAAGCAGUAUGAGGUUCUCGGGGCAAAAUGUCCUUGCCCUGUCCCAGCCUCCACCUUCGACGUCAGAAAAUGCACUUACUGCUGAAAAUCGCUUGUCCUUGGGCUAUACUGAUCCCUUUCCAGCUUUGAAAAUGCAGCCAGCAGGUUCUGGGGGCAGAUCCUCCCAUCAAAAUAUGGUCAACAGUCAAGGUUCAUCAAAACAUCUGCAGUCAAGAAACUUCAGGACAUCAGGAACCAAUAUUUCCAGCUUGCCUCCUGUUUCGUUGGAGCCCGGCAGCAUCACAAUCGCCGAUUCACCGAGCGAGGAAAAUUUGAACAAUGCUCUGUCUCCAACGUACACCGUACCUUACAUGCCAUUUAGAUUACAGCCAGCCCCACCCGCAAGGCCUGCUUGGCUCAGAGAGCCCGUGUCCAGGCACAAUUCUUCACCGUUACCAGGUGGAAGGGCAGAUCAGAACGUACCUCUUCGAAAGACACUUGCGUUGUCACAGCCACCGACCAGGUCCAAUGGCAGUUUUGGAAAGAAUCUGUAUCCAUUCCCACCCAGGCGUCUUGGUGUCCCUUCAUCACCUCUGUAUGCUGAACCGUUCACAGCUGCCAAGAAGCAAUUCACGCCAUCUUCAGGCAGGCUGUCUGCUGUGGGGGCCGUCAGCAAACCGAAUGGAUUAUUGGUGAGGGACCAGUGGAGUAACAUGCAUCUGUCAUUGGGGUCUGUACCCCGCUCUUCGCUACCAUCAUGUUCCGUGUCUGAGAGCAGUUCCUGUUCACUUGUCGAUGAAAUGCCCUUGGCUGACCCUCUAUCUCCACCAUAUGCAGAACCGUAUCAUCCACAGCUAGUGUCUCAUGCUGACCAUUUCUGGAUGAGAGAGGAAGUAUCGCGGAGAGGAAGCGCUGGUUUUCCUAUCCAUUGUUCAAAAGGUGACUCCUCUGAAUAUUACGCAGUUAUACAACUUUUAGACAGCUACCAAGAAGGCAAGAACAUAAGCUGGUACAGUGACGACAGUAGAAUGUCUUUAACGUCGUCAGAACACACCUACGCAGAACUCGAAAGCCCCCAAGAUGAAUCUGACGACAGGUUUUGGGAUUUCGACUUCAAGCAACAAGAAAUCCCCCAUCUUUCUGCCCAGACCCUGAUGAAGCUACGACAGCGGGGGAUAGUUGAGUCAAGACUACCAGGAAGGUCGCACAGAUGGUCGUGAACACCUUCUGGAAUCUUGCGCUCUGCCAUAUUUUUGGAAUACUGUCCCAUUUUGAUCGUGAAUGGGAUAGGGCGGAGUACCUUGUGGUUUACUGCCUGAUAUUGCGGCCUAAUGUCAACACCGUUGCUGAGACUUCAAGGAGAGGUUCUAACAAUCUUUGAAGCAUUUCCUAGACCUGUGGAAAUCAGUCAUUUAAAUAACCAGGAACUAGUCAAGAUGAUGAUUUCUGGACACCCAGUCAAUGUUACCAGUCCAUCACACUGUACCCAGAAGAAGUAAUCACUUGAGCUUUGUUGUCUUCAGUUCUAGACUAUGUAAAGCUCAAAACACUUGCAAUACCUGUGGAAAGAAUAUAUAUGAUAUGAGCUGGUCUCAUGUCAUCACCUUGUGUUUCAAUUAUAUUAACGUUGUCAUGCGAUUGUAUUUUUAAUAUUUUCAUUUGUUUUGUAAAUCCUGAAUGUUAACUGCAGCUUAUGUAUAAAAGGACGCUGUGAUUAUCUUAACUGACUGAACGUUAAUAAUUUUUCUGAAAGGUGUUUGCAACAAGCUCUGUACAG